AUAAGAGUAGGGGAGGGGGGAACAGAAAAUUUCCAUACCCCUUCAGUUUUUCCAACCUUCUUCCUCGCCUUUCCAUCCGUCCGCUCCAAAAAUCCCCGUCCAAACCAAGUCUGUAACUGAGUCUGGUCCUUCACUGUGUACUCCUGUCAUGCCGGAUUCUUACGAUUUCUCCCAGUACGAGGAUGUUGAAGUAUUAGCGGCACAAAUAUCUGAAAACGAAGGGGAAUCUACUGCCAGCGGAGAAGUAGAGGACGAUGAUGACGAGGAGGACGAGGACGAGGACGAUGAUGAAGACGAGGCCGAAGAGUAUAUCCCACUUGUACAGUCUCCUAGGGCAUCACAGGGCGUUUCUUCUGCCUCCAAUCAACAUGAUACCAUAAUUCAGGUUCCGGACGAUUGCGUUGAAGAAGAGGGAAACAAACGGCGGAGGACUGAAGGAGGAGAAACGUGUUCCUCUUUGAUAACCGGGAGCGCCAACAGUACUAAAGGGAAUGAGUGGAACCGUGCUGACAUUGAUGGCUUGUUUUGCCCCAUUUGCAUGGAUGCUUGGACCAAUGACGGCGAACAUCAUAUCUGCUGUCUUCCGUGUGGGCACAUGUAUGGUAUGUCUUGCAUCAAAAGAUGGCUUCAACAACGAAAAAAUUCUGGGAAGUGUCCACAAUGCAACAGGAAAUGUGCAUUGAGGGAUGUGAGGAAACUCUAUGCUUCACGUGUACUUGCUGCUGAUGAAGAGUCGCAGAAGAAAAUUCGGUCGCUUGAGGCUAGAUGUGCUAUUCUUGAACGCAAGGGCUCGGACUGGUACAAGAAAGAAGCAGCAUGGCAGAAAAAAGAAGCUCAAUUGCAUCUUGAAGUUAAGAAACUUACGGAGAGAAAUGCAUAUUUGGAGCAGCUGAUACAAGAUAUGGAUAGAAGACAAACUAGUGCCAUGGGGGCAAUUGGGAAUUGUCGAUGGAGAUCUGAAUCAAAACAUGGCUUUGGCGCAAAAAUAUAUGGGAAAGGACAUUGUUGCAAUUUUGAAUUGCAGAGAGAGUUUCAGCUGACCAGCGCACUUGUAUUUGACGUAAAUGCUUCUAAUCAAAUUUUGUUAAUAGCACAAAGGCCAAAAGGGAUAGGUGGACCUUACUUGCUAACUAAAAUGAGCUUGAUACCUCCCUAUGAGAUGGAAGAUAUCUUGCUGCCUUCUGCUUCAUGUGCUAUUAAAGAUCUCCAUAUUUCCCCUUUGAACAGUGACCUGGCCCUUUAUGCUUCAUUAGGAAGGAAAUUAUCGGUACUCAGCAUGGAGAGCAACAAUGUUGUUGUUAAUUAUGAUCUACAGGUUCCUGCUUGGUCAUGUUCAUGGGAUCGCAGUAGUUCCCAUUAUGUAUACGCUGGACUACAGAAUGGUUCUGUCUUGGAAUUUGAUUUGCGCCAAACUGCUGGCCCCAUAAAAUCCCAAAAUGGGUUAACGAGCAACCCUGUUCAUACUGUACAGUCUCUUGUACAAGAUUCCAGUUUUCCUUCAGGUGUUAGAACAAUUCUAUCGGCUUCUGCGAUUGGCCUGUGUCAGUGGAACAUAGGCGCUGAAGAGAGGCCAUGUAUGAUUCCUGAAACUGGUAAUCAAGGUGUUUGUAUAUCUCUUGCCUAUUGCCCAAGCAGUGAUGAUGUUGUCAUAUCAUACCGUCCCAAAUUUGACAUGUCCAUUGAUGGGUCUCUCUCUCAACCAUCUCUCACUCCUUCCCAAGUUAAAGGACAGGGAGUCCAGGGCUCUCAUGUUUUGUUCAAGAGACAUGGUGGAAACCACUUUCAGCAGUUGGGUUCCUCAUGUGCCAAUGUAAGUAACAUUCGACUUCCAAAAUGUGUAAUAAUGGAUAUAGAGAGUGAGAGCCGAUUGUUAGCAACUGGAGAUGAACGUUCGUGUGAAUUGGUCUUGCAAGAGUUGCCAUCUUUUGGGGUUCUUCAGCGUUUGAAAUUACCAGAGCAUGCACGGGAUCUGAAGUAUUCACCUAAUCAUGGAUUACUGGGGUGUUUAACUGGAAAUUCAUUGCAACUUUUCUGCACCAAACUCUCGUGAGAAAGGUUCCUUAUCCUCAAAGCAAUGAUAGAAACGCUUCAAAAUUUAUUUCUGGGUGCGUAUUUUGGCUGAUUCUUUGGUUUGUCAGGCCAUAUUUAUCCACUUUUGUUGGGAUUCUUGUUUCCCAUCACGUGUAAUAGCUUGUUCAUUCUUUUUGAUCUUCUUGUCCCUCCUCCUACUUCAAUCCCCCAAAAAAUGUCACAUUGGAGGUCUCUUGGGGAGCCUAAGGAUGAAUGUAUUCAGGUUGUCAGGUUUUGUAUCUGUGUAUCUUUUUAUUCCAAAAUAUGGUUCACUGCUGUAAUUUUUUGUAAUCAAAAGUUUACCGCUUUCA